AUGAUCCAGUCUUGGCCCAAACUGUUCACUGAUCACCGCACUUAUCUAGUGGCAAUAUUCUGGGCCUCGACCUGUUCCAGGUCUUCUGACUAUUCGUGGAAAAACGAGGCCGAGGAUUCAUUGUUCAACCAACUGGACAAUAGUGAUCUCGAGGAGUUGACCACCUACUCGAAGUCAAUUGGAGCUGACAAUGAGUUCAUUACAUAA